AAGGAACAGUCACAGGCCAAGACAUCCACUGCCAAGAAAGACCAAUCAGGCCCACAAAAAGACUCUGAGCUCCCCAAAGAGCAGCGCCAUUUCAGCGGUCGUCGUGCCAAGGAAAACCGUGAAAGAAGAGAUAGGCGUAGGAGUGAACGUGAAACUUCUCGAUCAUCUACAAAGUGACAGGCUCAAAGACAGAGCACUAGUUAAGGAUGGAUAGGAAUGUUAUCUUAGAAAAGGUCUACUGGAUAUUGCCAAAGUUACAGUCUCCAGAGGGAAUUUUGGAGAUACACUAGGGAGAGAAAGAUGCACAUAUUUCGUCACAGUUUGAUUUUUAAUAUUACUAGUCUUAAGACUGCAAUCCAGUAUAACAACUCUUCACUCUUUCUCUCAUUUUUCUUCUUCUCUGUACCUUUUUCUUUCUAUGGUUUUACGACGAAAGAGAGUUGUUAUUUUUUUUAAUGAAUAAUUUUCAGUAACAACAGGUUAUUGUUUAUGGUACAAUCUUUGAAUAUUUUUAUUUUAAAGAUAUCCAUCAUUGCUUGCUUGAAAAAUAUUGUUUACCUCAGAAAAAAAAAACCAGUUGUGCUCAUAUAUGAAAAAAAAAUUCAUAUCAUAUAACAAGAUUUACUCAGUGCUGCUAGAGAGUAAAGGAGGGUGACUGGUGGCAUGUGUAGCUUAUUAUUAAUUUUCUUCGGAAUAUUUUUUUAGCAUUCAAACACAUGAGAAAGUGUGCUAGUGGGUGGUUACCCAUUCAGACUAGAAAAGGUUUGCUGUGUGCAUUCUUGGGAAGUUUCCUUCAAGGCAAUAUUUGCUAUUGAUUGUUACGGCAAAGAGUGUUGACCGGCAUGUCACUCAUCUUGUCUUUUGGUGUUGGAUUAUUUUAUUCCUGCAAGAUGUUAUUUUCUUUUUUUAUGACUAUUAUUAUUGAAAAUUUCUAUAAAUUCCUGAGGUGAAAACCUCCAUAAAUAUAUCUUAAGACUGGUGCCCAUGAUUCAGUUAAUCAGCUGAGAAUUUUGCCUAAUUAUGUUGCCAAUGUUGUUGAUAAUGCAUAUUGCUUGUGAUCUCCCAAAUCAGUUCAUUUUGGCGUUAGUAACCAGUAGAGGAAUUGCCGGUAUGGGAUGAUUUCACAGGAACAUGGGAUGUACAUAUCCUAAUAUUAAGGGCAGGGUAUUGUAAAAUAUUGUUGCAAGAAAUUAUUACAGAAUCAUUAAAUCUAUAUAUUUUGAAUUCUUGUAAGUAGAUAGUUGUAUAUGUUGAGGUGAGUUAGUUGUAUUUGACAGUUUUGUCGUUCUGUAUAUGAUGCAAUUUUUCAUUACCCAGUAGGUGUAUAUGUGUGGAAAGUUUCUUGUUGCUAACAGUUGUGGGUUGUUGUAUAUAGAACUGGACAGAGGGCAUACGGAAUUUCUCUUCAUUUCUCCUUUUCACCCUUUACUAGGGAUCUUUUUUUUCAAUUUUCAUUUUAAAAAUGAGUCAUUAUUAAUGUGGUGUGUAUUGUUCACCAAUGCUGUAGCAUUUUGUAUGAUUUUUUGUUCUGUAGAUUUGUGGACUGAGAACUGAUCUACCAGAGACUAAAUGUUAUUACUAUGAACUUUAUUCAGGAUAAGAUUAACAGGUGCCCUCUGUGAAUUAUGUACAGUUUUUGGCUAUGUUUUGUCUGCUUGAAGCUUGAAUUGUGAAAUUGAAUGUCUCUUUUUGUUUGUUAUUUCUUCUCUUCAUUUAUUGGUGAGUGUACACAUGUUCAUUGAAAGUGUGAUUUAAUUUUUGUUUUAAUUUCAUCAUGUUUACAUGUUACAAUGUAGGAAUAUUGAUGGAUUUUAUGCUGUACAAAUGAUACUGGAUCUAAAGAAAAAAGCCUUGAACAAACAUGUUCUAGUGACUUCAAGAUCAGGUAGCCAAUGUUGUGUUUGUUAUAUGUAGAGAUAGAAAAAACCAAGAAAGAGAUGGAGAGAGGUUUCUCUGUUUAACAAAAUCUUCAAAUCCUUUUUGUACACAUGAAAUCCAUGACUGUAGAUGGUAUUGGUAACAUGAUGAAGCUAGAACUAAUGUUGGGAGCCUGUUAACAUAUUUACGAGUGUUUGAAUGUUGAUGUAUUAUAUAAAUAUAUGUAUGUGUGUGUGUAGUCUAUGAAUGAAUGUCCAUUGAAGUCAUUUGUUAAAUUUACCUACACUUGUAUUUUAAGGCUGCACCUGUUACAUUCUUUUAAUGUCAGUGCUUUAAUGUUUCUCUGCUAUCCAUUUCUUAGUCAAGGCAAGGUAUUACAUGAAUAUUUCAUUGAGCUUGUACCCAAACAAGUGGUCAUUUAGAACAGCAUGCUAUUUAUAUCAAAACCUUUUAUUUUGUCAGGAAUUUAAGUAUUUACUAUUUCAACCACAAAGAAGGCAGGAAAUCACUCUUAUAUAUGUAGGUGAAUCUUUUGGGGACAAGAUAAUUUUCCCAUGGUUUGCAUUGUCUGUAGAUGAUGAGAAUUCUGUUGAGAUGGUAAGAACUUCCUAUAGGAAUUGUGUGAUAUGGCAAAGAAUCCUUCUUCAGUGGAAUCCCUUGUACAAAUUCCCAUUGUACAUAUCCCUCCAGAAUUGUGAUUAGAAUAAUGGGAUAUUCAUGGAAUAAAAUGUUGGAACCCAAAGGUUAAUAUAAUGGUAUAGUGGUGCUGGCCAUUUCAUGUUUAUAGUGCCAUUUUUGUUUGGUUUGACAUCCUCUGAAAGUACUUGGCAUCUACACCCCCAUGUUGUGUUCACAGAAAUCCCCAUAUGUAAACCGAUGUCAGUGAUAAAUAUCUCGUUUACCUGCUACAAUACUGAAAAGAGGUGUCUAUUAGGGCAUUGAGAUUUUGUGAUCUUAUUCCUAGACAUUUGCAAACACAAUUAGACUGCUGUCAAAACUGGAUGGAAAAGGAUAGGGGACAAUUAAGGUUGUGAAUACCGGUAGUUGUAUCUAAUGCUUUAACAGUCAGGUGUAUUGUGAAUUGUUAUACAUCAUAUCCAGCAUUAUUCAGUGUUACCCCUUUAUGUUUUCAUGCUGAAAAAAAGAGUGCCACAUCACGUGAGUGCAAUGAGUACUAUCAUCAACCAAUAGUUAUUUCCACUCAUUCUAACUGAAAUGGUGCCUAAUUAUGAAGUUCUCAGUGUUUGCUUUCUAGUAUUGUGCAGCCUGAUAGAUCCAUGUAGAUGACUAGCGAAACUGGAAUUAUGCAGUAUUGUACAUAUACAUGAAUGUAAAUGGGGUGAAAGUGAAUUUUUUCCUCCUGUUUGAUUUUUUAAAUUUAAUCAUUGACAUUGGUAAACAGUCAUUUAUUUACCCCCCAAACAUUUGUAGUUCUCAUUUCAUUUGAUACCUUAUUGAAGUAACAAAAUUCCGAAUUAUUUGGUUUGUAAUACAGAAAUCUACACUAGUAUUUGGACGGUCUCAAGUACAGCCGUAUUUGUACCUGUAAGCAAGUCUUUCCUCAGUUACAUUCACUAGACUUCUCACAGAUGUGUGCUUCCAAAGAUCCUUUUGUUGGAUGUUAAAAUCAAAUGCUGCAAAACAUGUUGGAUUCAAACCAGUAAACAUUACAUUUACAAGAAAUCUGUACAGUUUGGGUGCAUAUAUUAUGCAAUUAUGGAUAUAUAUAUUAUUGUUAUUUAUUAUUAACCAUUAUCAGGAUUUGAAUGUCAUAAUUUUUAUCAUUUCAUGAUUCUUUUGCUAGAUUUUCAACAGCUUAUUUUUGCCCACAUACAUGUAAUUGUCAGAAAUGUGGAUUUUCCUUCUAAUCAAGUGAUUUGGUCCAUGUAUAUAUUUUUUUUUUGUCAGCCAAUAGGUGUAAGAUCAUGUUAGAUUGUCAUGUAUUCAGAAAAAUAUCCUUCUUUCCAAUUUUUGUUUGUUUGAUCAUUUCUGUGCAUGUAUUCAGCGAGUUGAAGCAUGUUUCAGUUUGUAUGUAUGAUCUCAUUGGAUAGAUAAAAUACAAAAUUGUUUGUUAAGUAUUUAUUUUUGCAUUUAAUAUGCUUUUGGACUGCAAUUUGUUUCAGUAUGUGUGUCACAAUUAACUGAAUUUGUCUUCUAUAGUAAUUUGUAAGAAAAAAAAGUCACAGCUACAGUAUUGUUUUUUUUUUUUUGGCCUAACAAAACCAUGUAUAGAAUGUUUGUUUUUACAAAACCAUGGAGACUAAAGCAGGAAUAAAUCUGCUAUUGCUGGAAAUAACUUUAGUAAACCGUUCAAAUUACUACAUGUAAAUGCCAAUUAUUUUGUGAAUUUCAACUUGAAAAUGAAAGUUAAAAUGAAAUAAACAAGCAUCCUCAUCAGAA